GCCAAGGACCAAUCAGGAACGCGCCUUCAUGUAAACGUACAAAAAAACAUGGCGGCGAUGUAGGAGAGCACUCUUCCCUGAGUACCCAAACAUUUUCUGGAUUUAAACCAAAUAUCGCAAAGAUCUUUCCACUAGUUCAACCAAGUUAUGAAUACUGGAGCGGUAUUGUUUAUAUCAGUUAAAAUAAGUCAUGACCGACAAGAGAAACAUCGGUGUUCGCCAUAUAUCAUCAGAUGCGAGAGAAAGUCGGAGCAGAACUUCCAAAGUUUCCCAGAGCAAAAUGAAAACAAAGAGACGAAUGAUCGGACUCAAACAGUCCCAGUCUCCGUCUUGUCACACUUCAUACAACGGUCGCAAAGAUUUUUCUACCCCAAAACGCCGACCAAGAGUCAGAUUCAAUGGUUGUUACAGUGGAGAUUCGCCUAAUGAGACUGAAUCCCCACAAGACAUCAUCUGGGAUACCAACUCACCAUCUCAGAACUUGAAUGGACAAGGAGAUGGGAGAGUCAUUGAAAUAUCGGAGAUUGUCAGUAGAAUUGCACCAAAAGUUAAGAAGGCAAAUGAAGGGGACUCAGUGCUCCAGUGGAUUGGAGAUGGUGCCAUACCCUGCACUCCAGAGAUCAGACAGCCCAGAGUCCGGAGGAUCUCAGCACGGCAGAGCAAUGUUGAGGACCUCAUGAAACUUGCCAAGCAGUUUGACAUCAAUAUGACUCGUCAGGACAAAGAGAAAAAACAGGAGAGCACAGAAAAAAUAAAUCAAGUCACUAAGCUACAAAGUGAUGGUAAAGCCACAACGGAAAGAUCAACAUCUGUCAAAGUCUCAUCAGAACAACUGACCAGCUGCUCAUCUCAAGUCUGUCAGGAAGAGGCGGAGCUUCAGGCAUUGUUUGACGGUCCCACUCAGCACAUAAGUGGGAGGCUGAGCCCACCGUCAGUAAACUGCACACCAGAAAGCAAAACUGAACCUGUAGCACCGGCAGAACAAAAGUCAAGUUCUGCAGCAAUCAAGAGCGCUCCUGUAGAUGCACCUAAAACCACAAAGGUGGACUUUGAUGAUGACUGGGAAAACGAUGACCUUCUGAAUGACUCGUUUGUGUUGGAAAUGACACAGAACCCAGUACCUUUGAAUGUAGCUCAGAAACCGAGCACUGCUCAGCCUGAGUCUUGCUCUAGCAGAUGUAAUUUUGUGGCCAAGGUUCAUCCAUCUGUAAACUUCUGCUUAGAGACUCAAAAGAGCACCAGCAAAACCAGCACCUUUACCAAGACACUUCCUGAAGUUAAAACAUCUAAUCAAAGCACUUUUAGGUCAAAGCCGCCUGCUUCUGCCCAGAAUCAUGCUACUGACAAGCUGCUAAAGACUUCACCUGUGGACCAAGUCAAGCAGCAAACACAUUCAUCCCAGAGUACAAGACAAGUCCAGCUUGAAGGAAUGACCAAAGAUUGUGGAGUUUCAAGUCAGGCUUCUUCUGCUAAGUUUGAUGGGGUUUCAGAGGAGGACAUGAAGUCUCUGUUUGAUUCCGAUGGUCUGUGGAAUGACGAAGCAGACAAUGAUCUCCUUUGUCAGGCUUGCGAUGACGUGGAGAAGUUAUCGGCCAGUCAGGAACAGCAAAGACAGAACGAGGCAUACAAAAAACUUGCACAUGACAAAUCAAGAAGCUUUGCAUCUAAAACACCUUCUUCUUCUGCCGCCAUUUGUGCUCAGACUAUGGGCAUCAACAAUAAGAGCCAACCACGAGAACCCACAAAGUCCACACGCAUCUUUGCCCGCUCAAAUUCAGUACCGUGUACAAAUAGCAGUUCUGGACUUAAACAGGGCUACAGUGUGUUGCCGGCAACUAAAAGUUCCAGCUCUGGAUUGGGAAGCCAUAGUGCACAGUAUUAUGGACAUGAACAAGGGAAAAGCGGCUUAGGACCCCGGCCUGGUUCUGUCAGAGCUACGGACACCUCACAGACUGUUAGUCCACACAGCGCAACAGUAGGAAAUGCUUCUAACGCCCACCAUUACACCUUCAAAAGACAUCUGUCGGACUCCAUGACGCUCACCAACAAAGUUUUUAUUUCAUCCCAUACGAUAGCCAAAUGUUCGGCUGCUGAGAUUGAGAGGAAAAAACAGGAAGCGAUUGCGAGGAGGAGAUUGCGGAUGCAGGCUAGCCAAAAAACCGGAGCACCUACAUAGAACACCACAGAGGAGCCUGUACUGUACUGAAUGCCAUGGAUGUUUAGGGCUCUAAAGGACUAAAUUAUGCAAUGAGGGCUGAGAAACAUAUAGCUAUAUAUACUAAUUAAGAGUUUAACACUAAUUUGUCUCUUUGAAGGAGAUGUUACUUGAAGAUUUCUCAUGCUUUUCUGAAUAAUGUUCUGCAGUGUUAUAUCUGUCUUACUGCCAAACUAAAUGACUAGAGUUACAAAAAAGCAAUCUCUCGCACAUUACGGUUCCGUUAUUACAGCCCAGUAUUGUCAGUAAAAUUAAUGGCAGAUGUCUGCAAGCCUUUUUUUUUUCCUUCAACAUUUGGUGAGGCAUUUCUCACAUCAGACUUUGAAUUAUGUCUAACAAAUGUGAGGUCACUUUCAGUUGGUCACAUGAUUGAGUCUAAUCUUCUGAUUAUAGUGUUUCCCUGUUGAAAAUGGGCGACAAAAAUACUUGAAUUUUCGUAAAUCAAGCUAAAGGUCCUGGAGAUCGUUCUUUUUUUUUUAUUUGUUGUCUUUGUUCCAUUUUUCUGUUUAAAACUAUUAUCACCGUAUUAAAA